AUGGUCUUGCUUGGUUCAAUCCGCCGAAGCCGCAGCCUGGAGUCGCUUCGCAAGGACCUCUUCCAUACGAUCACCCAUACCACUGAAGGAGUCUAUUUCCCCCCUGGCUGCACCCUUCUCCAAAACAAGGAGACUGACAAAGAGGUCAUGGCUGUGCUCUGUCCCCACGAGGAAUUCAAGGCCUCGGAUAAGGGCAUCGCGCACCUGACCAAACUCUUUGUUCAGUGCAACAAAUGGCUUCCAGUCCUUGAGAAGCGUGGUUUCAACAUCUACUGGGCGGUCGUCGCUUUCACAACCUCACAGAUGCAGGGAAUCGACAUGUCGCCCGAGAUGGCCAAGGCGUUGGCCAUGUCUCUCCUCAAGGCCAGACAGCUCUGGAUUCUCCGCCAAGAGAACCCGGAUGCUGCCAAGUCCAACGUCAAGACUCACCUAGCUGCUGGCAUCCAGCGGCUCCUUGAAUGUUUCGAAGAGCGUGCCAAGAAGCCGACUGGAGCGUGUGCUGACGACAAAGAGUGGAAGUUGACUGACAAGCAGAUUAGAGAUGCUUGCAAGGCGCGUAUGGGUCCUGGAAAGCGCGUGUCAAAGGACAGGAUUGCGCUCUCCUUCAAGUCGCCUCACCCGCUUGUUCCCAUUGGACAACUCUCGAGCAUUCCCCAGCUGGAGAACAGCCCUCUCAACCCCUUGGGCAUGCUUGACAGCUCCGUGGAGAAGAUUACACCGGCCGAAGCUGUGCAGGCGCUCCUCUCUCACCCGAUCCGAGAUCUCCUCCACGACGAGCUUCCUGUCAAACAGCAGUCUGCCAGCAAAAGAAUGUCGCAGAGCGCCGUGCUGGGAAGAGUUGCCCGUGACGACGAUGCCCAGAGCAACUCCAGCAAGUCGUCGAGUCUUAUGAACCGUAUGGCGCCAUCUGUGCUUAAGACCAAAUUCAAGUCUACCUGGAUGAAGAGUCCCAUGUAUCGCAAGGACAUGGGCCAGACCAGUACCGAGGCCGCCAGGCGAGCUCAAACCGCAGACGCCUUACCAACUCCCAAGCAUGCGGGCAAGUCCAAUGCCGAGGUCAUCAAGCGAGCCCAAACCGCAGAGGCUUCGCCAACUCCCAAGGCCAAGGCCAAUGCCAAUGCCAGCGCCAACUCUUCGUCCACCAAGAAACGCUUCACGAGCGAGCUGCCUGGUCAUACGGCCAAGAAGCAGGUGGUGGCCAAGGGAACUGCGCGAUCCGUCUCGAUGCCCGUCUCCCACCCGUCUUUGCUCGCUCCGACUCAAGCGGCUCAAGCCUCUCGCUCUGUUUCUCUGCAGGUGAAGAAAGGCUCGAAGAAGUAG